AUGAAUUAAGAAAUUUAUAUCCAAAAACAAUGGUUCAUAAAGAGUCGUGAAGGAAAGAUCGAGGAUUAUUACAUUUUAGAUGAUAAAGUUUUAUUUUCACAUGAUCUAUGUAGGAACUCUCGGCUGGUUAAUUUGGAAAGGUUUUUAAAGCAAAACCCAAAUUAUUGAAGAAUGAUCCUAUGAGAGCUGUGAAAGUGAUACCAAAACGAUUAAUUGAAAAUAAGGAGAGAUUUCUUUAAGAAGUAGAAAUUCUUAGGAAUCUUGAUCAUCCAAAUAUAAUUAAGCUUUAUGAGACAUUUGAAGAUAUUCGAAAUAUUUAUUUAGUCAUGGAGUAUUAUAAUUGAAUCAUCAUAAUUUAGAUUAUGUACAGGUGGAGAAUUAUUUGAUUAAAUUGUUACAGAUGGUUAAUUAAGUGAAAAGGAUGCUUAACAAGUUUUCAUUUAAAUAAUGAGAGCAAUUUCUUAUUGUCAUAGUAAGGGUAUUGCACAUAGAGAUUUAAAACCUGAAAAUUUCUUAUAUUAUGAUGAUAAACCAGGAAGUCUAUUAAAAGUUAUUGAUUUUGGUUUAUCUCGUGUGUUUAGACAAUAAGGUUAGUAAUAAAAAUAAUUGAUGAAAAGUAGAAUUGGUUCGGUAAUAUUCCUAAAAAUCUAUUAUAUAGCCUUAUUAUAUAAGUCCAGAAGUUUUAGAUGGUUAAUAUGAUGAAUUAUGUGAUAUAUGGUCAGCUGGUGUAAUUUUAUUUAUUUUACUCACUGGUAUUCCACCUUUCAAUGGAGAAAAUGAUGGAGAUAUUGUUAAAUAAAUUAAAGCAGGAUAAUUAAAUCAAGACUUAUCUGAAUUUUAAAAUGUCUCUGAUUAAGCUAAAGAUCUUAUCUAAAAGAUGAUUUGUAAACAUUCUUAAAGAUUUAAUUCUUAACAGGUCUUAUAACAUGAAUGGUUACAAAACAUCAAUUAAAAUGAUUCUAAAUUGUGUCUCAAUUUUGAUUCACUAAAGUAAUUCACAUAGCAAAGCAAAUUAAAAAAAGCAUGAUUUUAUUUAUUUAUACUUUUAGAUAGUACUUGCUUAGAUUGCAUCUUAGGUUAGUUUAAUAGAAAUAGAAGAACUUAGUAAAUUGUUUUAAACUUUGGAUAAAGAUGGAAAUGGAUAAUUGAGUUUUGAGGAAUUCAAAAAUGGAUUUAAAGAAAAGAAAAAUGAUUUAUUCUAAUACUUUGAAGCUAUUGAUACAGAUUCAUCUGGAUCAAUCGAUUAUAAUGGUUUUUAUAUAUGAUUUUUUAUAACUAUAGAAUUCAUUGCAGCCAUGAUGGAAAGAUCAUUCUAUUUGAAAUAAGAUAAACUACUAUAAGCUUUUCAUACUUUUGAUUUGGAUAAUGAUGGAAAGAUUACAUCUUUAGAACUCAAAAAAGUACUUGGAGGUUAAUUAUUAUUAUUUCUACUUUAGAUAAUGAUCAUUAUAAUAAGACAGAUCCUAAAUUUUGGGAUACAUUAUUAAAAGAUGGAGACUUUGAUGAAGAUGGUUAAAUUGAUUAUUUAGAAUUUGUUGAAAUGAUGAGUGAUUUAUGA